GCCCUCCAGGCCGGACCUACGAGUUGCAGCAGAAGAGGGCCGUGGACAUCGAGACCAAGGUGCUGACGCACAAGAUCCAGCGUGGAGUCGACCCGGGCCUCUUCAACCCGUUGUUCGAGGAGAUGAACGGCGUGCCCUGCCUGGACAAGGUCAAGGAGUAUCACCUAGCCGCCGCUAUGGAUAUGGUCCUGGAGCAGUUCUCCAAGGACGUUUCCAGGAUCCACAACAGCCUCUUCCGCAAGACCACUCUCAAACCCAAGCAGCUCACAUUUGAGGAAGUCUUCAAUCCUCUGGAGGUUUGCUUGGAUCGCGUCGAAAAGACCUGGGGUGCGAUCUCCCUGUUGCGAAAGUCCUGGCGUCCAUCUCCCGAGGUUGAUGAAAUCUAUCAUGGCCUUUCCUAUCGCGUUGCCACGGCUGCUGCCAUCCUAUCUCAGUCGGAAAUCCUCCACCAGGCCUUGUACCAGUUGCUCCAGCUCAGUGAAGGCGACCUGAGUGAAGCUCAGUACCGCGUGGCCCGGCGUGUGCUCUGGGAGGGAGUCACCAUGGGCGUGGAGGUUGCAGACUACGAGACGAUGCAGGCCCUGGACGAAG